AUGAUCGCGGCUGAUUUUUUAUCCCUCGUCGGCGUCGGCUCCUUCGCCGCCGCCGGUUCCCUGCUGCUGGGUCUGCUGUGUUACGACGCGUUCUGGGUGUUCGGCAGCGGGUACGUCUUCGGCGACGGCACCGCGGACAGCAACGUCAUGAUGGCGGUCGCCACGUCCGACGCGUUUCGUGGUCCCUUUCGACUCCUGUUCCCCAGGUUCGACGACCCGCUCAAUCCGCAACCCGUCGGCGCGUUGCCGUUUUCGCUGCUGGGCCUCGGCGACGUGGCCGUGCCGGGCCUGCUCGCGUGCCUCGCGCUGAGGUACGACGCGAGCAGGGCGACGGACAUGCGGGGCAGGGCGACGGCGGCGGCGGCGGCGUUCAUGUCCGCGUUCGACGACGCGUGGGCGGAGGCGGACGCCGCGGAAUCGGCGCGCACGGGGGACGUUGAGAGCAGGGCGAAGUCGCUGGACGAUUCCGUGGCGGAUCGGGCGGCGAGGGCGGCGGAGGAGGCGUUCGACGGCGCCGCGGACGCGCUGGGGGAUACCACGAGCGGCCCGCCUUCGGCUUCGGGGGGGGACGGUGUGGACGCGGCGGGUGGACGCGUGAUGAGGUUGGCAAAGGUUCAAAACAUGGUGGUGCCGCGGUCCAUGGGGGGUCGGGCGUUUUUUUCCGCGACGCUCGUUGGGUACGCUGCGGGUCUCUCGUUCGCGUGCUACGUCAACGUCGUGACGGGUCAGGGUCAACCGGCGUUGGUGUACCUGGUGCCGGCGACGCUGGGGGCGGUGGCGUACACGGCGACGCGACGCGGGGAGUUUGGCAGGUUGAUGAGCUACAAAGAGCCCGAGCGAGAGGCGUGAUGA